CGACUGCGAGCUCGAAUCUACAACCUCGUCUGUAGGAUCGAGGCCCAUGAUUCCUACAGGGUUACACGCAUUGGAGGGGGCUGUAGUAUCAUGUUCGGGAUGAGUAAUCUAAGCGACCCGGCUGUAUCUGUGCCAGUUAUACGAGUCCUCUGUUGACUUGCGGCGCGUACGGCGCCCGCUAAGCAUGUGAAGGCAAGCUCUACAUAGCUUCCAAGCUACUCGGACCGUUCUCCCUGGAUUUGCGCGCCAACUCAUACCACGACCGGCUCUCUCUCUCUCUCUCUAGACACUCUACUGACUACCAUACUGUCGUAUUUUGCUCUUCUCGAAACAAGCAAAACACCACGACCACAGACGCCAUCAUGUCGCGAGAGGACGUAGAAUUCAAGACGCUGGAUGGCCUCACGCUACGAGGCCAUCUCUACCCUGCCGGGGCCAAGAGUGCCGCGGUCAUUAUGACACCGGGGUUUAAUACGACACGCGAUGUAUUCCUGCCCAAUAUCGCUCAGUAUUUCCAGAGCGCAGGCAUCACUGCCCUGGUCUACGACCCUCGGACCGUCGCCUCUAGCGACGGCACUCCCCCCAACAACAUCAACCCAGCCCAACAGGUGGGGGACUACCACGACGCCCUGACGUUUCUAAAGUCGGACCCGCGAGUCGACGCGAACCGCAUCGCCUACUGGGGCUUCUCGUUCAGCGGCGCCGUGGCACUCUGUGCAGCUGCUCUAGACAAGCGCGCGAAGCUCGUCGUGGCCGUCUGCCCCCUAACCAUAUGGGAACUCCCGGAGAACAAGCGCCUGCGCGUCAUGGCCAAGGCGAUGCAAGACCGCGAGUCCCAGCUGGCAGGCAACGCGCCCUUCCGGCUGCCCAUGGUUACGGAAAAGGGGGACAACCCAGCGGGCUUUGGGGGUUCAGGCGUAGGUCCAGAGGAGCUGCGCCUGAUUGCGGAGGCCAAGGAGAAGCUGGGUUUUGAGGCCAGCACGACGCUCCAGACAUACUACAACAUCAUGGCCUGGAGCCCGUUUGAUCUGAUUCGCUUCAUCGCUCCCACUCCCACGCUAUUGGUCACACCGGAAGAGGACGCCAUCUCACCGGCUGACAAGCAGCGCGAGCUGUAUUACGAGCGCAUCGACGGUCCCAAGAAGAUUCACGUCGUCGCGGGGAGGGGUCACAUGAACGCGUUGGACGGCGAGACGUUUGCGCCAACGAUGGAGGUCCAGGUGGAGUUCAUACGCAGUCAUCUCGGGAAAUAGAGGGCCUGACUGAGGUCAUUCUCUCACAGCCAAUAAGGCGCCAUACGCCGGCUGAUUAGGAUGGAUCAUAGGGAGCUAGCAAGGGGGAGAAUUGUAUUACAGUCAUGGGGACGGACAUCUAGAUAGAUAGAGGGGAUUUAGAAAUGCGAAAAAUAAACCAUUCUCCCGUGUGUAAGAGAGA